GUGACGCUGUGUCUUUGGUCCUGUUUUUUGCGCGAACAGCAGAGCCUGAGCUGUAGUACGUUUCGGCGCGGGAAGCGUUCGGUGAGAAGAACAAGAGUACGCAGUAGGCAAGGUUCCUCCUCUACCUUGUUUGGUUCAAAUGGCGUCCUCUGGUGAUAUGCAGGUCAAAGAGCUGGACAAGCGUGCAUCUGGUCAAGCCUUUGAGGUCAUCCUGAGUCCAUCUGCCCCAGAUCCUAAAGGGGAGUUCCCCCUCUCUCCCCCAAGGAAGAAAGAUGUGUCCUUGGAGGAGAUUCAGAGGAAACUGGAUGCUGCAGAAGAGAGGCGCAAGUCGCAUGAAGCAGAAGUCUUGAAGCACCUGGCUGAAAAACGAGAACAUGAGAAGGAGGUUCUCCAGAAGGCAAUGGAGGAGAACAACAACUUCAGUAAGAUGGCAGAAGAGAAGCUGAACCAGAAGAUGGAGGUCAACAAAGAGAAUCGCAGCGCAAGGAUGGCGGCCAUGAAUGAGAAGUUCAAAGAGAAGGAUAAGAAACUCGAAGAGGUUCGAAAGAAUAAAGAGACCAAAGAGGAGGAUGAUUGAGUGUUGCAGUUUGGGGGAUGGUGUAGGUUUUUUUUUUUGUUUUUGUUUUUUUAUUACUACUUAUCCAAAGACUUAUUUUUUUGUUUCAUGGCCAGUAUAUAUAUACUUGUUUUGUUCACUUGCCACCUUGUUACACUGAAGACAGCAUAGGGUUUUUUCCCCCUUUCAUGUGCUUGCAAUAAUGCCUGAUGUGGAUAUUUUGUUUUCUAUCUUGCAGUUUAAACAGUUGGACAACUAAACUAGUCUUUUUUUUUCUUCUAUUUGAAGAUGCAUGUCUUAACAUUUUCUGUUGCAUAGUGCGAGGUUACUCCGUAUUUCAAACCCACUGUUCUAAUCCUAAUAAAGUUGCAGUUUGAGUCAUGUUUGUUUUUAUAAAUUGUAUGGCUUGCCUGUUAAUUGCCAUCUUGUAACAUUUUACUAUUGGUCUUGUUCAUAAAAUUGUAAAGUUUUUGAAUACUGUCUUACUGGCACUGCAGUGGUUUAAGGGGUCAUUUAAAUAAACCACAUUCUGACACGCGUAUCCUAAUCGUACCAUUCAAUGUUCUAGAGUAAAGGCCCCAGACCUGGUCAUUGUAGUUUUUUUUUUUUCUGUGGGUAGGUGCUGAAUUUCAGCGCUUUAGCACAUAGUGCCAUUGCUGCAUUACCCUCAGUCUAAGUAUUGGCAGGUUAGUCUGGGGUUUUAGGACAUGGGGUUGAUCUAUGCUGAGGCAUCUUAACACCAGGUUUUGGGGCUACUACUCCGGGUGUAAAGAUAUUUGUCUUGCAAUGCACUUACGACAUUUUGUGGUGUUGGAAACUUAGCUGGCUUUAAGGAAAUUGUGCUUAAAAAUAAAAUAAAAAAAUAAAGUUGCAUGAA